GCGUCCCUUCGCCGCGACUUCGGCACGCGUCGUGAGUCUUCGGCUUGCGGUCUCGGCGAGUCGCCCAUUUAUUUUUCCGAGUCCCCCGCCCGGCGUCUUGCCCGCACCCAACAAGUGGUGCAGACGGUCGGCCACGGCUCACACGACGUCUCGCGCCCAUACUUUGCACAACUUUCCGGAGUGCUCCGUGCCCGCUUUGCCGCGAGUUUGAAUUUCGAUCGCGUGUUUAGAACUUUUAACGGAGUGUUUUAAAGACUAGUGACGUGACAGAGAACUUACAGAGAACUUUAGUGGCGUGUCGAGAGGUGUUCUAGGGUGAACUGGAGUCGAUGCACCUUCCACACGCGAGUCCCCCGACCCCUACUAUGGCGGACGUUUACACCCACAUCCAUGAGUACUAUCGGCAGAGUCACGGCGACCUGGUGCAGACGGGUUCACCGGCUGUACUUUGCUCCGCACUGCCUGGUCACUGGCGGUCGAACAAGUCCUUACCCGUGGCGUUUAAGGUCGUCGCCUUGGAUGACGUUCAAGACGGCACAUUAGUUACUAUUAAAGCGGGAAAUGAUGAAAAUGUAAUGGCAGAAAUGAGGAACUGCACGGCAGUAAUGAAGAACCAAGUUGCAAAAUUCAAUGACCUGAGGUUCGUGGGUCGGAGUGGUCGUGGGAAGUCAUUCUCACUUACCAUCACCAUCAGCAGCUUCCCGAGCCAGGUUGCGACUUAUACCAAAGCUAUCAAAGUGACAGUUGACGGCCCGCGAGAACCUAGAACUAAACAAAAUUAUGGCUAUGGUCAUCCUGGAGCAUUCAAUCCAUUUCUAUUGAAUCCCGGAUGGUUAGAUGCAGCAUAUCUGAACUAUGCGUGGGCAGAUUACUUUAGGCCACCUCAACUAAGAGAUCAGACACUAGUAAAAGGUGGUGCUACACCAAUAACAACGCCGCCAGUAGCAUUGCCAGGAGGUGAACUAUUUCCGUUCCCACCGGCGAUGGCAAGUUUGCCAUCGGGGGGACUAAUUCCACCGCCCGGUUCAUUCCUUUCACCAAAUGGGUUAUUACCAUUCCCUCCUCACCCUGCGGAGCUCGCAUUGAAGACGCUACCACCAGAACUAACAUUAAAGAAUGGCAUCAAUCCUUACGAUGCUCUGAGGCACUUACAGAGCAAUGUUUCUUCGAUGGACACUUCUAGCGCACGUUUGUCUCCUACGAGCAGUAGACAAAGUGGAAGUCCAAGAAGUAUUGUGAACGCGAGCCCAAGAUCGAAGGCCGAUUCUAAAUCGGAAGUGAAUUCCACACACGAGGCGACAAUAUCCGACGAGUCAGACGAAGAACAAAUCGAAGUAGUGAAAUCCGCUUUCCACCCAACGAGGCCGGCGAAUGUUGAGCUUCAAGAGAUGAAACAAGUUCAGGCCGCCGAUUCUACGGUAUCUGACCGACCACGAAUGCGAAAUGAACUAAAAGCGACAUCCCAACGCACAACACGUGUCCUUUCCACUAGUCCGACGUCAACCAAAAUUACAAACGGUUCGAUAUCAACGCACAAAUCUGUAUGGCGACCAUAUUGACAUUUUUAGUGUAGUGACUUUAUAUCCGUGUGAAACGGUGUUAUUGAAAUGUGAUAAAACGAGCUUGUAAAUAUUGUAUUAUUAAAUUAAAUUCAGAUAUUUAUUAAUAGAGAUAGAUAUUUAGUUGAUACCGACUUCGGUGACAGGAGUCGUAGUAAUGUAAAAAAAAUGUAAUGACUGUUACGGGCGUUGUUAAAGCUUUUAAAUAUAAAUAGAUUACAUUAAAGUUAUUUGAAUGUUAAUAAUGUAGAUACUUUAAUUACUUACGUAGACAUACUUUUAAUGUGUAAUAUUAUAUUAAUCUUUCACAUUGACUGAUUAUUCAAUUUAGCAGCAAAGAUAGGAGCCCGAUUUAUUUGUAUAAACUGUAAAUGUGUCUAUUAAUAAUGUACAUUCGAGUAAAAUUCGAUAAGCAAAUGUACAUACGAGUAUGUAGAGAUCCGUGAUAAAAAAUGAUUUCCGAAAAAA